ACAUAGGAAUGAAUCUGUCAAAAUUUCAGUGAACUUUCAGAACAAAUUAGUAAUAGGCUAAAAAUAAUCUAAAAAAAUAUAUUAAUUAGCGAUGUGAAAUUAUUAGUGUUAAAUUAAUCUUCGUCUUCGUAUCAUCGACGAAGAAAAAUCGGCCUUAAGUCAACAAUGGAUCCAGAAGGCAGCUGUGAGCUUCAGUUUAAGAUAACUUCCAAGGAUAUACCUAGGGUACACACAAAAUGCAACUUCAACCGUCCACACACCAGUCCACAUGUAUCAUCAGAAACGCCAAAUCCGUCUACGUCAGGCCUUCAGACCACAGACGCGGCAGACAGAGACAGCAUGAGAAAAAAUGAAGAGGAAACAAGUAAUGAAAAAGAAAAUGAGGGGUCCCUCUCAGACUGGAUAUCUGGGGGGCCAAUCGGCUCGAAGGGAGCCGUUCUCGUGUUCAGAUCAUGUGUCUUAGCGUCUAGAACUCCAUCCAUGGAGUCCACUACGAAAACUGUAGGGAAUAACACUGGUACAACGAUAUUAUUGAACAAAGCCAAGAAUAUGGCUAAAAGACUUGUAGCAGAGCCCCAUUCCUUUAAUGUAAGACCAAAAACAAUAAUGCACGACGUAAUGGAAACGUUUGGUAAUAGCAAUAAGUAUUCAGGGCAGGCGUAUGUGGUGCGGCAUGUUAGUGAAGCGGAACUACCUCAGACGGUGUCUGUCGAAGAGCAGGGUCACGAGUCGGUCGAGCACAAGAGAGAUAUAGAAGAUGUACUCAACGAUUUAAGCAAGAUCACUUUAAAGAAGCACCUGAACAUAGAGAAUACGACGGCGAAUAUAAAACCUCCCGAAGAACCUCCUCCUCAACCCAAAGACUUGAAAGAAGAUAAGAAAGUGAAGAAGAACAAGUGCAAGAGUAAAAGAAAGAAUCCGCAGACGCAGCGCGCUUCGUCGCCGCAGUUGGACAGCGAUGACUCCGAACAUAUGCUGGUGAAGGAGGUGGACAGUAUAAAGGUUCUAGACAGCAGCCACAUGCCAGCCCGUGUGUUGAAGAUCACGUAUAAACUCGUGAACACGGAGACGAAACUCCUGCACCGACUGCUGCAGGCGCACGGUCUGCAAGAGGCAAGCCCUGAAGCCAAAGAAUUCAACCUCCUCUGGUCCGGCCUCCAUCCAAAACCUGACGUGUUAAGGUCGCUCUCUCCGUAUCAAAGGGUGAACCAUUUUCCAAGAUCAUACGAGCUGACUCGUAAAGACAAAUUAUUCAAGAACAUUGAGAAGAUGCAGUACUUCCGAGGGUUGAAGCACUUCGACUUCAUCCCCACCACGUUCCUGAUGCCGACCGAGUAUAAGGAGCUGUGCUCCACCCACUAUAGAACCAAAGGACCCUGGAUAGUGAAGCCGGCCGCUUCCAGUAGAGGCAGGGGGAUCUACAUUGUCAAUACGCCCGAACAAAUACCAAAAGGCGAGAACGUGGUAGUAGCCAAGUACAUCGACAAGCCGCUCCUGAUAGGCGGUCACAAGUGCGACCUCCGGCUGUACGUUUGCGUCACGUCCAUAGACCCCCUGCUCAUAUACUUAUACGAAGAGGGCCUGGUGCGCUUCGCGGCGGUCAAGUACGAUAAGACCAACAAGAACCUGUGGAACCCUUGCAUGCACCUCUGCAACUACAGCAUCAACAAGUACCACACGGAUUACAUCAAAUGCGACGACCCGAACGCAGGCAACAUCGGGCACAAGUGGACGCUGUCGGCGCUUCUGCGACACCUGCGCAAGCAGGGCCGCGACACCACCGCGCUCAUGGCCGCCAUCGAGGACCUGGUCGUCAAGUCCGUGCUCUCCUCCGCGCAGACCAUCACCGCCGCCGCCAGGGUCUUCGUGCCCAACUUCUUCAAUUGUUUCGAAUUAUUCGGCUAUGACAUCCUCAUCGACGACAUGCUGAAGCCGUGGUUGCUUGAAAUUAACUUAUCUCCGAGCCUGGCGUGCGAGAGCCCGCUGGACGCGCGCGUGAAGUCGGCGCUGCUGGCCGACACGCUCACGCUGGUGGGGCUGCCCGCCGUGCCCGCGCACCACGCGCCGCCGCACAACAACUCGCUGCGCAUGCGCAUCGGCGCCUGUCGGCGCGUGCAUUCCGCGGAGCACAUGUUCGUGCGCGGCAAGCAGCCCGGCGGCGGCGGCGGCGGCGGCGGCUGCGGCGCGACGCUGUCGGGCGAGGAGCUGCGGCUGGUACGCGCCGUGCGCGCGCAGUACGCGCGGCGCGGCGGUUUCGUGCGGAUCUUCCCCAGCCAGAACUCCUGGCAGAAGUACUCGCAGUACCUGGACCCGGUAAGCGGCAUCCCCGUGUGCUCGACGUCGCUGAACAACAACGUGCCGUACCAGGUGGUGCAGCACAACUACAACCUGCUGAUCCACUCGCACGUUCUGCCCCACUUCCAACAUGCAGCCACCGCCGCCGCCGCCAAUCUCACCGACACACCGCAGAGGCUGAAGCGGUACGAGGCGGUGACGGUGACGUCGACGGCGCCGGCGGUGAGCCUGGCCGAGCCGGCCGCGCCGCCGCCGUCGCACGACCCGCGCCGCGCCAAAGAACUAGUCAAGCAGCAGCUGCUCGACGGCAUGCGUCUCACGCCAGGCGAGGCUCGGCGUGCAUUCGGGCUGUUCCUGUCGUGCGUGGUGCAGCGCGUGGCGCGCGGGGACGCGGCCGCGGCCGCGCACGCCGCGCUCGUGCUGCGCUUCCUGCGCCGCGCCGCCGCCUCGCAGCGCCUGCCCUACACCGUGCAGGGUCCACCGGCGAAGAUGUGCGACAAGGACCGGUGCGCGGUGAUCGCGAAGCAGCUAAACGACUUCCUGUACAUGUACUGCCGCGAGACGGACCUGUGCACCGACAGCGAGGACCGCCACGGCUGCGUCUCCAACAUACACUUCGCGCAGUUCCUCCACUCCGCCAGCGAGGCGGAGCUGGAGGAGGUGCUGCUGCUGGUGCUGCGGCGCGAGCGGCAGGUGGCGCGGUUCGUGGGCGGGCGCGCGGCGCUGUGCGUGGACCUGCCGCCCGCGCGCCUCGCCGCCGCGCCGCCGCCCGCGCUGCUGCGCCACCUGGCCGCGCUCGCGCCGCUUGCCUCCAGCCGGCACAGGCCGGUUCCAGAGUCCCAAAGCGGCUCCGAGUCCGAGGAGCCGACUGGAUCAGAACAAGACGUUCCACCUCCGCCCUUCACCAACUCGGGCGUCGUCCUCAAGGAGUCGCUUAAAGAGGAGAAGCCCCACGACAUGGCGCUGAAAUAUGCGAGAUCCUAGCAUUCCUAAUGAGAAACUAGACAGUUUUAAUUGAUUUAGGGUUAGCGCACACCGACGGUAUGAUUAUUUGAAUAUUUAAUUGCGUAAGUAAUAUGGGUAGGCAACAUAUAGCAAUAUCACCAGAGGGAGACUUUGUACAAAAAUCGUUUGCUUGGGCACCUCUGUCCCAUUCGUGUUUCUACCGUGAAGCAGUUAUGUUUGCAUGACUGUGUUUCGGUUUGACGGAUGGGAUAUAGCAGUAAAUUUACAGGGUACAGAGAAAUAUUACCUAAGUACUCAGGAAUGGCAACGCAUGGGGGGUAUCAUGGGCGAAACAGUAUACUCUGUUAUGUGCAUGGUACUGCUCAUGUCUAUAGGCGAUGGUUACCACUUUCCAUCAGGUGGGCCGUCAGCUUGUUUGCCAUUCUAAGUUGUAUAAAAAAAUCUAUAUAUUUCAGUUACUUUAUUUGCUUGAAUACAAGUUAUAACAUUAGAAGCAUUUAUUUGUAAAAACGGAUUCUCUGUAUUCAACCGUAUAUCGUGAAAUAUUCAAUUUGGAACGUCUUUGUCUUUGGUCCUUAAAAUUUUGCAUUAAAACAGUUUUCAAAUGAAUAAAAAACAUUUCUGUGUGUGCCUUGUAAUAAAUUUACUGCCGUUAACCAGCGCUGACCCUAAAUUUUGUAAUUUUUACACAUGUUCAAAUUCAUCUUCGGGAUUGUAAACGUCACUCAUUUUAUUCCUAUAUCAGGUCAGAGUGGCCAACGUGAUUAGACCCAAGAUCUACUGUUUACUGACGAAACCCUGUGCGAUGUACCAAUUACAUACUUCUUGAAAUCACAAAUGAAAUGACAUAGUUCAGUACGCAAUUAUGUAGUAUUGUUGUAUUUUUUUAUUUUAUUAAGAGGGAAAACAUAAAACUGUAAGUUAUUCUCAGUAACUACUCAUUUAUAUUAGUGUGAGCAUUGCGCGUGCGCAUCUUCCGCUAGAUUAGCAAAAUAUUAUAUUUUUAUUUUUAUGAUUACAUGAUUUAUGGUACAUCACAAUGUUACGCUGAAACGCCUACAAUAAAAUCAGAGUUUACCGUGAAGCAGUUGUGUUUGCAUGGCUGUGUUUCGGUUUGAAGGGUGGGAUAUGGCAGUGAAUUUACAGGAUACAGAGGAAUAUUACCUUAGUUCUCAGGAAUGGCAGCGCAUGGGGGUAUCAUGGGCGAAACAGUAUACUCUGUUAUGUCCAUGGUACUGCUCAUGUCUAUAGUUGACGGUUACCACUUUCCAUCAGGUGGGCCGUCAGCUUGAUCGCCAUACUAAGUUGCAUAAAAAAAAGAUACAAAGUCACUGUUACAUGAAAUUACAUUUUUAAAUCCCGAAAAUAAAUUUAAACAUAAUUUUAGGUUUCUACUUUUAAAUGUGUUUUAAAUUAUCAAAUUAUUUAACCCUUCUUUGCAUAAUGGUGGAAAUUUCCAUCAUAACAUUAAAUGCCCAAAAAUUAUAUAAAAGAACAAGUUCACUUUAAGUUGAUCGUGUGUCGAUACCUUUUUAAUGUACAUUGCAGAAAAAAAACCGUAUCUGUCAAAUUUAUUUUUUAACAAUUUUUCUUUUAAUUUUGAACAUGAAUUAUAAUAUCACCUUGAUUUAUUUUACCAAUAAAAAUAAUCAUGCAAAGAUGGGUUAACUGCAAAUAUGUUUUGGUGAAGCCAUCAAAGUAUAUUAGCAGAUCACGCUUGACGAAGCGGAUUACCUGUAAUAAUUUGAAAUAACUUGAAAUAUUUUGUCGCUAGUGGAAAGAAAUAGAUUAUAUUAAUAUAUCAAAAUUCCUAUAUACUUAUGACGUGUUAUUAUGUACUUAAAGAAGGAAGUAAUGUAAUUACUUAAAACCAAGUAUGGGCAAAGGUGUCACAGUAUAAAGUACUUAAUAGGCAACGGUUAUCACUGCGAGAGCUUGUUUAUUAUUGUAAUGUUAUAAACUCCACUCACUGCCUGACAAUUACGUUCGGUUUAAAAUACGUAGUUAAAGUUAGCCGGAUUAUUAAAAAAAAAUUUCAAUAUCAACAUGAUAAAACAUUUUAAAAUUGAAUUUUAACUUUAAAAAAUAAGGAGAUUUUAUAAUCAGCAGUAGUAUAGAGAGAGCAAAAGAGAUGGGACAGGUAAACGAAACACUAGGUAUCAUGUCAUAUAGGGAGGUAAAAGAUAUGACCUGGAAUAGAGCUAGCUGGUAGAGAAUGGAUAAAAUAGUUGCACCGACAGGAGGAAACUCUUAAAUGAAAAAAAAAAAACAAGUAUACAAAUAAAUUGAAUAUAAUAUCGAUACAUUACAAAAAUUAUAAAUUUUAAUAACAUACAAAUAUGUCUAUUGAUAAAUUGGAUGACAAUUUAACUUAGCCCACAACGGAGUGUAAAUUAAAAAAUAUAUAUGUCAAAAUAUAAAACAAAAAAAUGGCGGGAAACUGUCUGCAAUAUUGUUGCCUAUCUAAGAAAAAGGACUAAGACAGUUAGUCUAAUAUCUUAACUGUCAUCAAAAUAUCCAACCGCCAUUAUUAAAUAAUAUAAACAAGAAUAUUAUAUAUUCUUUUAUUGCACUUAUAAAUUUCAUAGACAAUACAUUUAUAAAUAUUGUGAGCAAGCGUGGACUUAUCUCUGGCAGAUAUCUCUUCCAGCCAACCCAAUACAAUGGGAAAGCAUGCACCUAGCUAAUUUAACCGAGCUUGAUACAUUUUUCUCUUUUUUAAAGAAUUUCCCAUUUAGUAUGUAAUGUAAGAUAUUCAUGUAAAGACACGUAAUUUAUUUUAGUAUUUAAAUAUCUAACUUUAAUUAUAUAGAUAGAGCCCUCGAGCCUCAGAAACUGGUCAACAUGUUGUCAGCUAAUUAUCAAAUUAGCUGACUCGUUUUUUACCAGUGUUCUGUACACUUAGGCACACAAUGUAUCGUGACGUAUUUAAUAAAUAAAAUGAGUGUUUACGCAUUAAAAAGAUACAGAAAUUAUAAGACAAAAUAAAUAUAUAAGUUAUAAAGGAAUCACUCAUAACUAUUUAUCACGCAAUUUUGUAUGAAAAUGUUGACUCGUUUUUCUAAAAGCAUUUGUAUGGUGACACUCUAUUUAUAUAAUCUAAGAUAUCUCAAAACUUUGCUAGCUAACCAAGAAUAUAUAUAUUUUUUUAAUUAUCAAUUUCUUACAUACAUACAUAUCUGUCACGCCUGUCUCUCAUUGGGGUAGGCAGAAACAAUGGAACGCCAAAUGUUUCGAUAUAAACACACCUCUUUAGCUUCCAACUUCUUACUAUCUGUCAAUUUUCUGUAUAAAAACAUAACUGUAUAUUUGAAGAUUGGUAACAUAUUAUUAUUUAUCUAAAAGUCAUUAUAUUUUUUUAAUAAUCAUACAAUUGCCUAGAGAAUACUGUAUGGGAUUUUUAAAAAAGGGUAUAUUAAGAUAUCUUCAGGAUCGGCAACGCGCACGUGACACCCCUAGUGUUGCACGCGUCCACAGGCUACAGUGACCGUUUACCAUCAGACGGGCUGUAUGCAUGUUUGCCACCUUUGUGGUAUAAAAAAAAUGUCAUCCAAAUGAGAGAAAAUAUUUACACUAAUUUCCUUUUAUUUAUAAAAUAGUACAGGUAUCUACAUAAAUUCCAGAGACGCAACAACACAAAUCCUGUCUAUGAAUGGUUACCUGGUUAAAAUAAAUUUUAACCAAACAAUUGUCAAUGGUUACUUUCAUUAAUUAACCAUUAAAACACGUAUUAUAUCAAAUAAUUAACACUCACUCCUAGUAACAGUAAACACAUUACCAAUUUUAUACGUCGCACUCGGACACGUAACUCUUAAUAAUAGCAUUUAAUGAGUUACUGAAGGGAUAUUUGGUUAUUUAACUGUUAUUUAUGGGUAUUUUACAACUGCCCCUAUUACGAAUCGCAAUUAUGCGUGUAGAGAUAAAAAAACGUAUCUCUAAAGAUCGCCUUCUAUAUUUAGCAAUAAAUUUAGAGUAUUUAUCAUCAGUUAAUUUUAACCAAAGAUCAGAGAAUGAUGUAUUUUAAACGUACCUGCACACUAGCUAAUUAUAAAAUCUAAGGUGCUAUGAGAAACGAAAAUAUGUAGACGGAUUAGGGCGCAGCGCCGCCGCACAUUGUACCAAUACAUUCACUAUAUGUAUGCAUUAUGUAUUUUAUUUUAUUUUACUUUAAUAGAGAAACAUAUAAUACCAAAAACAUAUAAAUAGUAAACACAGUCAUAACAUAAAUCAGUGAAGUUUCCAUAAUAAACUAAUCAAAUAAACGAGAGCAGAUGAUUAACAUAAAAAAAAAAAACAUAUUUGCAUGACAAUACAAAAAAAAAAGAAAAGAAAUAUAACAAUUAACAAUUUAAAAAUGAUUUUUUUACUCUCUAAUUAAACGGAGUUUACCAGAUGUUCUUCUCUAACGUUUAUGACCAGUCAUUAUACACUUUUUUGUUUAAGGUGCGUACAGACUGGACAUAAUCUUGUAAUGUACCAAAUAUGUUAUGCUUCAUAUACAGUCGUGUAAUAAAUGCCUACGUUACAUCAGAAUCAUGUUACUUAAUAUCUUAACGUAUUCACGGUAAUAUAUUUUUUUUAUUUUCUAUUAAUUUUAUGAACCGGUUAAUUAUUACUUUUCAAAAAUGUAAUGUAAUGUUCAAGAUCAAAACUUGCAUCACUGAAGUAUGUUAUGCACUAACAUGUUCGUUUAAUGUAACAUAUUAUAUGAUUUUAGUUACAUACCUAGUAAAUUAAGUAAGUAUUUAUUAGAAAAAUAUCGACAAAAAUUAAUUAUAUAUUUUAUUUUUCUAAGUAACGUAAUUCAAUUAAUCAAUCAAAGCAAUGUUUGCGGCGGUGCUAGAGGUCGCCACACUAGCGUAUAUAGACUGAACUAGUGUUUUUAAGGUAUGUACUUAUCCUACCUAAAUUUUAUUGAUAAAAAACUAGUUCAUGCGAUUUGUCCGUAUCGAGUACUCUGUGCUUUAUUGCUAGAUUUUUAAAUAUAAGUAUCGAGCCAUUAAUAUGUUACCGUGUUCGGAAAUAAAUAGAAUUAAAUAUAAUUUUUUUAACGCAAUAUUACAAUGUUUAAUCGGUUUUUAAAAUAAAUAUAUUUUGGAUGCUUUGUAGCUUUUGCUGUUCGUACACUAAGCCGCUUUUGAGUUGGGCGCGUAUUCACCAAGAGAUUUUACGUGUAACGGUAACAACUAAAACAACACUUCAAUACAAAACUUUACAGUACCGGAACGUGAUCAUCGUGUAAUAUUACAUAUUUGUAAUAUUGAACAAAUACGCCUCUGGUCAAUACGCACCUUUACCGUUUAAGUCUUUAAUUCCAUUUAAAUGUGCAUUUAAUGUCCAAAUGUAGGUAGGUAAUAUCUCCCUUUUUGCGUUUAGCUUUUAAUAUUAACUUUAAAGAAAAAAGGGUAUUUUUAAAAGGCCGGCAGCGCACCUGCAUUGCAUUUCUAGUUAUGGGCGGCUCAUGGGCGGUAGUUACUUACCAUCAGGUGAGCCGCAUGCUCGUUUGCCCCUUGUGUUAUAUAAAAAAAAAAAUGUAUCCUUAACAUUUAAUGCCGCACUAAUAUCUUAUGUACUUAUUGAAAUAUUACAGGAUAAGUUAUUUAAAAUAAUUUUAUAAUUAAAAAUUCCUAGUCUAUUCCAGUAAAAUUGUCUUUUUUUCAGAGAAAUUAAAAGUGUUUAUUUUAUUUAUACGAUUAUUUAAUCUACAAAAUUGUACGAAAAAUGUAGUGAAACUCCAUUUUUUCAUAAAUGCAUAGAGUAAAGAUAAAUUAGGGUAUUAAUUUUUUUUUUUUUACUAUCAUCUUAGUUCAGAGUAUCAUGGUGUGAAAUAUUUUUAUUAAUAAAUAGCUACUUAUAAUUUUAAAAAUGGUUGUUAUGUCAAAUUCAAUUGAAGCUAAUAAAUGUAGAGCUAAUGUGCAAUUAUUAUGGGAGACAGACAUAAUCUAAUUUCUUGUAAUAGUUAAUUUCCUUCAAAUUUUUUAAUGUCUUAUUUAACAAUACAGUUUUUUUUUUCUUACAUUACAACAAUCAAUUUGGCAACGUAUGUUAAUGUUUAUUUUUUAACUAGUAAAUACUACUAGUAAAAUUAGUAUUUACUAGUAGUAAGUACUAGGUACUCCUAGUAAGUAUGUAAUGUAAAUUAUGCAUACUUUUUUUUACCACUGUCGAGUCUAUGGUUUUUUAUCAUUCAAUUUUAAAAUUCAUGGUUAAGUGAACUGAAUCAUUGCGACUUUUUCUUUUUUACUUUUGUAUAUUUUUUUUUAUAAACGACAAAUUUAGUAAAUAAUUUUGGUAAUAGGUACCUAUAACUGUAUCAAAAUAACUGCACUAAUAAAUAGAUGGCUAGAAUGAAACGUAAUGUUAAUUUUUAACUAUCUUACUUUUAAAUUAACUGUAUCCCGCAACUUCGCCCGUGGUCGUCUUAUGGUGUUGAAAACACUAAGUAUAUCUUUCUCAAGAAUUGUGUUAUCCAAUACAAAAACGAUUUUUCAAAUUCGCCUGAUAGUUUUAGAGAUUAGUACGUUUAAACAAUCUCUUCCAUUUUAAUAUAUUUAUAAAUUACUAAUUUCAACAAAAGUAUAUGUAAAUUAUACAAUUGAAUAAAAUACAAAUAAUUUUAUAUACAAAUGUAAAAUUUUACAUAAUAUUUUGAAAAGAGUAAAUGUUGAAUUUCUUAUAAGCAGGGUUCUUCUAAGCAGAUAACAACAUUCUGAACCCAGCAGUACAAUUAUAAAAAAAAUAUUUAAAAGUGCUUGUAAACAAGUGUAUUUGCAUAAAGAUUAUUCAUUUUCUGUUCUAUUGACGACCAAAGCAAAGCGAUAUAUUUUUACUAAACGACCCCGUAAAUGAUUCAGAUUCAUUUACCCAAUAUGCCACACUACCCAAUAUACCUAAGCAUCUAUGUAUUGUAAGUAAAAAUAUUUUUAUUUUGUAAAAAAUCUUUGAUUGCAUUUUUAUAAAGACAGACUGCAAAAUAAUAAUACAGUAAACGCUCUAUAUAAGCAACCUCUCUAUAAGCAACAUUCUUUAUAUUUUAUUUAUUUUACUCAGCUUCAGUUAGUGUAAUAAAUAGGUAAAAAUAUUUUCCACACGCUAAGUAUUUUUAUACUCCUUUUUUUCCUAUAACUUUUCUCAAUAACAAACUUUUUUAUUUUCAAGUGAGUUGCUUGUAUAGAGCGUUCAUUGUAUUGCAUAUUAUAUAAAACUGUAGCAUAGUCAAGGAAUCCUUUGAUAAAUUGUCAGCGACCAAUACAGAAGUAUUUUAGGUUUUUUUUUUUUGUAAGUUAGUGAUCUAUGAACCGAUGCUAGUCCAGUUAGGUCACACCUGUAGGCUACGUGCACCAAAGCUUUUUUCUUGUUACAUUAUUAUAAAUUGUCUAAUAUAUUAUCCAUUACCUUUGUUUUCAUUCGAAUUGUUAAUCUAAUUUUUUUUUUACCAAAAUUGUUAUAACGCAAUGCGAGUAGAUUUUAAAAUAUUUUUGUUUGAUACAAAAUGUACGCACACUUAUUAUAAAUUAUUAUUGGUUAUAGGUUGUUGUCUUUACUUUUUACGAAGUUUAAAAUGUUUAAAAGUAAUUUUACAUUUAAAAAAUUACAUUAUGCUCUAUGGUUUUCUUUUUUUUUUUUUUUAUUAAUAGCAUGGUUUUCUAUUAAGUGUAUAAAUUUUUCUUUGUACUCAUUUGGAAAUAUAUCUUAUUCACUUUGCAAUCCAUCCAAAUAUAUUUAAUUAAAAUAGCGCCUGUCAUUUGUUAAUUUAAAUGACAUACAUUUAAGUCGAAUUAAUAAUUGUAUUCAUUAUUUAAAGUAUUACUAGAUGUAAGCGCGCAGUGGACUUGCAAUAGAUACUGGCAUUGUUGUGCACACUUCUUUAUUUUUAUAAUCUAAAUUCUAGUGAGAGAGCCCUAAUAUGUGGAGACUGGGCGACAAGAAAAAAAAAAAUAUAAAUUGAUAUUUUGUGAUUAAUAAAAUUCCUUGAAAUUUUGAUCUCUGAUUAGAAAAAAAUAUUUUUUAUAUUAUUUUGAGAAGGCAUCUAGUUUUCAUUGUUACAUUUUUUUAUUUUUAUAUGUACUGUAAACGCUCUUUAUAAGUAACCUCUCUAUAAGCAUCAUUCUUUAUAUUUUAUUUACCAGAGGGAGACUUUGUACAAAAGUCGAUUGCUUGGGUACCUCUGUCCCAUUCGUGUUUCAACCGUGAAGCAGUUGUGUUUGCAUGGCUGUGUUUCGGUUUGAAGAGUGGGAUAUGGCGUGAAUUUACUGGGUACAGAGGAAUAACACCUGAGUCCUCAGGAAUGGCAGCGCAUGGGGGGUAUCAUGGGCGAAACAGUAUACUCUGUUAUGUCCAUGGUACUGCUCAUGUCUAUAGGCGACGGUCACCACUUUCCAUCAGGUGGGCCGUCAGCUUGUUUGCCAUUCUAAGUUGUAUAAAAAAAAAAAAAAAAAAAAAUUUAUUCUACUCAGGUUAGUUAGUAAAAGAAAUAAGUAAAAAUAUUUUCCAGACGGUAAAGUAUUUUUAUACUCCUUUUUCCCCUAUAAGCAACUUUUCUCAAUAACAUUUUUUUAUUAUUGAAAUUGGUUCAAAUGAGUUGCUCAUAUAGAGCGUUCACUGUAUUUAGACAUUUUCCUGAUCGAUUGAAUUUAUUUUUGCGGUAUCCAGUGCCAUACGCCACGAUGCUGUGUUCACGUCUGUAUACCUCCUGCUUAUACUUAGAUGCAGCAUGAUUAUUGUAUUUGUGAAAACAAGCUUUGCUUGAGUACAAAGUGUGAUAGUUUUAAUAAGUUCUCUCAGCAAAGUUUUAAUCUCAUAUUGUGAAAUAUAUUUUGAAUAAGCUAAUUAAAUAUUUGUUGGUAUUUUAUUAUGAUUAAAAUCGUAAUUUGGCCCAAAA